UUUUGUUAUGGUGGCCUAGGAAAUUAAUACAGACAGUAAGUUUCCACUACUAAAACAAAAGUGGGAAGCCACCGUCCUAGGUAGUUAGUCACACAUGCUGUAUGACCAGUCUGAUUACUUUCCUAAACUCAAUAAUCCUGAGGUCAGAUGACCUCCUGGGAUAAAAGCCAGCUUCCUCUCGCUGUUACUCCAGCCCCUGGUCUGCAGACAUUUUCUUCUUCUUCUUCUAACUUCCUCUCCAGUGACAGAGGAGAUAAAUAUUAGAGAAACAAAAGUCCAGAAUGCUAAGGUCGCCACUCUCACUUCCUCUCCUCCCUUAACCCAGCACUGCUUUGAAUACAGUCAGUGCCCUGGGGCACCGAGCAGGGAAGGGAAGACAGCACAGUGCCUCGGAGGCUGCCCUGGCCGGCAGACACAGAGGGUCAUGUUUGCAGAAGGCCACUUCUGGCCACAGAAAAUGCCAGGAUGAUGCCUCGCGCCCGCCUGGCUGCGGCUCUGACCCCAGCCAUGGCCUUCCUCUUCUGCCUGAGGUCGGAGAGCUGGGACCCUUGUGUACAGGUGGUUCCUAACAUUAGUUACCAAUGCAUGGAGCUGAAUCUCUACAAAAUCCCUGACAACAUCCCCACAUCGACCAAGAUACUGGACCUGAGCUUUAACCACCUGAGUCAUUUAAACAGCCAUAGCUUCUCCAGCUUCCCAGAACUGCAGAUGUUGGAUUUAUCCAGAUGUGAAAUUCAGGUGAUUGAAGAUGAUGCGUAUCAGGGCCUAAACCACCUCUCCACCUUGAUAUUGACAGGAAACCCUAUACAGAGUUUAGCCCUGGGAGCCUUUUCUGGGCUAUCAAGUUUACAGAAGCUGGUAGCUGUGGAGACAAACCUAGCAUCUCUAGAGGACUUCCCCAUUGGACAUCUCAAAACCUUGAAGGAGCUUAAUGUGGCUCACAAUCUUAUCCAUUCCUUCAAGUUUCCUGAAUAUUUUUCUAACCUGCCCAACCUGAAGCACUUGGAUCUUUCUAAUAACAAAAUCCAAAAUAUUUAUCACGAAGACUUGAAGGUUCUACAUCAAAUGCCCCUACUCAACCUCUCUUUAGAUUUGUCCCUGAACCCUUUAGACUUUAUUGAACCAGGUACCUUUAAAGAAAUUAAGCUCAAUGAACUGACUUUGCGAAGUAAUUUUAAUAGUACACAUGUAAUGAAAAUUUGUAUUCAAAGUCUGGCUGGUUUAAAAAUCAAUCGGUUGGUUUUAGGAGAAUUUAAAAAUGAAAGGACCUUGGAAAGUUUUGACAGAUCUGUCCUGGAGGGACUGUGCAAUUUGACCUUCGAACAGUUUCGGAUAGCAUACUUCAGUGAAUUCCCGACGGAUGAUACAGGCUUAUUUAAUUGUUUGGUAAAUGUUUCUGUGAUUUCUCUGUUGAGUCUGGAUUUAGACAGUCUAGAAGCCCUUCCUAAAGAUUGCAGAUGGCAACACUUAGAAUUGAUUAACUGUCAUUUUAAACAAUUUCCCACAUUGAAGCUCAAUUCUCUCAAAAAGCUUGUUUUCAUAGACAACAAAGGUAUGAGCACUUUUACUGACCUUGCGCUACCAAACCUUCAGUUUCUAGAUCUCAAAAGAAAUCGCUUGAGUUUCAAGGGUUGCUGUUCUCACACUAAUUUUGGGACAAUCAAACUGAAGCAUUUAGAUCUGAGCUUCAAUGAUGUCAUUACUAUGCAUUCAAACUUCUUGGGCUUAGAGCAACUAGAACAUCUGGAUUUUCAGCAUUCCAGUCUGAAACAGGCCAAUGAUUUUUCAGUAUUCCUAUCACUCAGAAACCUCCGUUACCUUGAUAUUUCUUAUACCAACACCCGAGUUGUCUUCCAUGGCAUCUUUGUUGGCUUGGUCAGCCUCCAAACCUUGAAAAUGGCAGGCAAUUCUUUUCAGAACAACUUGCUUCCUGACAUCUUCACAGAACUGACUAACUUAAUCAUCCUGGACCUCUCUAAGUGUCAACUGGAACAGGUAUCCCAGAUGGCAUUUCACUCCCUCCCUAGACUUCGGGUGCUAAAUAUGAGUCACAACAAACUCUUGUCAUUGGAUACACUUCCUUAUAAACCACUCCACUCCCUCCAGAUUCUGGAUUGCAGUUUCAACCGUAUCAUGGAGUCCAAGGAGCAAGAACUACAGCAUUUGCCAAGGAGCCUUGCUUUGUUAAAUCUUACUCAGAAUGACUUUGCUUGUGUUUGUGAACACCAGAGUUUUCUGCAGUGGGUCAAGGACAAGAGGCAGCUCUUGGUAGGAGCUGAGCAAAUGAUGUGUACACAACCCUUAGAUAUGCAGGACAUGCCCGUGCUUAGUUUCAGGAAUGCCACUUGUCAGAUGAACAAGAUGAUCAUUAGUGUGUCACUUCUCACCAUACUCUUGGUAUCUGUGGCAGGAGUCCUGGUCUAUAAGUUCUAUUUCCACCUAAUGCUUCUUGCUGGCUGCAAAAAGUACGGCAGAGGUGAAAGCACCUAUGAUGCUUUUGUAAUCUACUCAAGCCACGACGAAGACUGGGUGAGGAAUGAAUUGGUAAAGAACUUGGAGGAGGGGGUGCCCCCCUUUCAGCUCUGCCUUCACUACAGAGACUUUAUUCCUGGGGUGGCCAUUGCCGCCAACAUCAUCCAGGAAGGUUUCCACAAAAGCCGGAAGGUUAUUGUCGUGGUGUCCCAGCACUUCAUCCAGAGCCGAUGGUGUAUCUUUGAGUAUGAGAUUGCCCAGACCUGGCAGUUUCUUAGCAGCCAUGCUGGCAUCAUCUUCAUAGUCCUGCAGAAGUUGGAGAAGUCCCUGCUGCGGCAGAAGGUAGAGCUGUAUCGCCUUCUCAACAGGAAUACCUACCUGGAGUGGGAGGACAGUGUCCUGGGGCGGCACAUCUUCUGGAGACGACUCAGAAAAGCCUUGCUGGAUGGUAAACCAUGGAGGCCAGAAGGAACAGCAGAUGCAGACAGCAGACAGCAGGAAGCAACAGACUCCACUUGAGGAGGAAAAUCUCCUGAUGUGCUCCUUGCCCAGCUGGACACAGUGAUUGUUCAGUUAACAAGUAUUAAAUGCUGCAACAUACCAAGCAUUGUGCUAAAGGCUGGUGAUUUAGUGGUGCACAAGUUAUACAAGACUGCUAAUCUCAUGGAGUUUACAAUGUAGAGGGAAUAAACACUGUACUAAAAUACAGAACUUCCAGGUGGAUGUUUCAACCAACUCAGCUAAGGAGUCCAGGACAGGGAAAGUCAACUCAACUCUUACCCCGCCAAACUGAAUUAGAACUAAGAGAUUGGGCCUCAGUGAGAUUAGAAAAGGACAGACUUCUUCUCCUUCGUCUUUUGAGCAGAAACCAUCUCAUGUUAUAUGUGUUAGCCAUGUUAAAACAAAGAGGUUUUGGUAGUUUCAACUGAUCUAGGUCUUGGCUCACUUUUCCCUUUUCUUUUGAAUAUAAUUUAAAUUCUAUUUGUGACUCAAAAGGCUCCAGAUUCAGAUCCACCCCCCUACUUUAAGUCAAUUCACAAAUAUCCUGGUUAUCCCUUAGCAUGUUCUAUUUAUUAACUACUAGUCCCUGAUAUUUUUUUGUCUUUAUAAAUCCAGUUCUCAUUUUUCAUGUCUUCUCUAUAAACCCAUAUCAUAAAUAAGGCUGUUAGAGACAUGCUGGAAAGAUCCAUAUUUAACCACUAACUUUUGAGCAAAUAUGUAAAAUAUACUCUGUCACUUUGUCACUUGAUGCCAUUCUGAAGUUAUUACCUACCAAGUUAUGACUGUCAUGAAGGAAGCAUUAAAAUAAUUUGGUUGAAAGUGGCACUUAUUGUAAUAGAGGGAGACAAGUCCAA